UGUUGAUCGCCCAGAGGGUAGUGUGGGAAAGUAAGUGUGGAGCAGGAGAGAAGUGGCUGAACCGCCGGUGAACGAAACUGGUGUUGGGUUGUAGUCCUGCCUCUGGUGUGAAGAUGACCAAGAUGGGUUUCCUGCGGCUGUCCUACGAGAAACAGGACACAUUGCUGAAGCUCCUGAUCUUGUCCAUGGCAGCAGUGCUGUCAUUCUCCACUAGGCUGUUCUCUGUUUUGAGAUUCGAGAGCGUCAUCCAUGAAUUUGAUCCGUAUUUCAAUUACCGCACCACCCGCUUCCUGGCAGAGGAGGGAUUUUACAAGUUUCAUAAUUGGUUUGAUGACCGUGCUUGGUAUCCUCUUGGGAGAAUCAUCGGAGGCACCAUCUAUCCAGGGUUGAUGAUCACGUCUGCAGCCCUUUACCACAUGCUCCACUUUUUCCACGUCACCAUAGACAUCCGCAACGUCUGUGUCUUUCUCGCACCUCUCUUUUCCUCCUUCACUGCCAUCGUCACCUACCACUUCACCAAGGAGCUCAAGGAUGCUGGUGCUGGACUCCUUGCUGCUGCCAUGAUUGCAGUUGUACCCGGAUACAUUUCCCGUUCUGUUGCAGGUUCCUAUGACAAUGAAGGAAUCGCCAUUUUUUGCAUGCUGCUAACCUACUACAUGUGGAUCAAGGCAGUGAAGACGGGCUCGGUGUACUGGUCCUCCAUGUGUGCCCUGGCUUACUUUUACAUGGUCUCGUCGUGGGGUGGUUACGUGUUCCUCAUCAAUCUCAUCCCUCUGCACGUGCUGGUGCUGAUGCUCACCGGCCGCUUCUCCCACCGCAUCUACGUGGCCUACUGCACCGUGUACUGCCUGGGCACCAUCCUGUCCAUGCAGAUCUCUUUUGUAGGAUUCCAGCCUGUGCAGUCCUCUGAACACAUGGCUGCCUUUGGAGUGUUUGGCCUGUGCCAAAUCCAUGCCUUUGUGGACUACCUGCGGAGCAAGCUGAACGCCCAACAAUUUGAGAUCCUGUUUAAAAGUGUAAUUUCCCUCGUGGGUUUUGCACUGCUCUCCGUGGGAGCUGUGCUCAUGCUCACAGGGAAGAUCUCCCCAUGGACUGGCCGUUUCUACUCCCUGCUGGAUCCGUCCUAUGCUAAGAACAACAUCCCCAUCAUUGCCUCUGUCUCUGAGCACCAACCCACCACCUGGUCCUCCUACUAUUUUGACCUGCAACUGCUAGUCUUCAUGUUCCCUGUGGGCCUGUAUUAUUGCUUCAACAACCUUUCCGAUGCUCGUAUCUUCAUCAUCAUGUAUGGUGUCACCAGCAUGUACUUCUCAGCUGUAAUGGUGCGUCUGAUGCUGGUUCUGGCUCCCGUCAUGUGCAUCCUGUCAGGGAUUGGGGUUUCUCAGGUGCUCACCACAUACAUGAAGAACCUGGAUGUCAGUCGACCAGACAAGAAGUCCAAGAAGCAACAGGAUGCCACUUACCCCAUCAAGAAUGAGGUGGCAAGUGGGAUGAUCUUGGUCAUGGCCUUCUUCCUCAUCACAUACACCUUUCACUCCACGUGGGUGACGAGCGAGGCCUACUCUUCUCCCUCCAUCGUGCUGUCGGCCCGCGGUGGCGAUGGCAGCCGCAUCAUCUUUGACGACUUCAGGGAGGCCUACUACUGGCUCCGACACAACACCCCUGAGGAUGCCAAAGUUAUGUCAUGGUGGGAUUAUGGGUAUCAGAUAACUGCCAUGGCUAAUCGGACGAUUCUGGUUGACAACAACACUUGGAACAACACGCACAUCUCUAGAGUUGGCCAGGCUAUGGCCUCCACAGAGGAGAGAGCCUAUGAGAUCAUGCGUGAGUUAGACGUCAGCUACGUCUUGGUGAUCUUUGGUGGACUGACUGGAUAUUCGUCUGAUGACAUAAACAAGUUCCUGUGGAUGGUGCGCAUUGGAGGCAGCACAGACACAGGGAGGCACAUCAAGGAGCACGACUACUACACUCCCACCGGAGAGUUCCGUGUGGACAGAGAGGGCUCCCCCGUCCUGCUCAACUGUCUCAUGUACAAGAUGUGCUACUACCGCUUUGGCCAAGUCUACACGGAGGCCAAACGUCCUCCUGGCUAUGACAGGGUUCGCAAUGCUGAGAUCGGAAACAAGGACUUUGAGCUAGAUGUGCUUGAGGAAGCCUACACAACAGAGCACUGGCUGGUCAGGAUAUACAAGGUUAAGGACCUUGACAACCGAGGCCUCUCGCGAACAUGAAGCCAAGACGCUCAAAAUUCACACACCCUCUUUAACAAACAGCACUGAAAGCCUUCCUGUGGGAUGUGGAGACAAGUGUGAAUAUUUUUUAUACUUAUGUUAUAAUUGCAGGAGGAGAUUGAGUUUUGUUGGCUUUUUUUGGUUUGGAUUUUUUAAUUGAUAUGCCAUGUUGUCUCUCUGGAAUAGAAUGAGGUGUGAACUUUUGAGAAAACUGUCAUUGUGUUUUCUGCAAUCAUUGGCCAACUAACGAAUUUGUCUACAAGUGGGGUAAUAAAUGGAGUCAAUGGGA